GAACCUGGAGGCACUGCUAAUGCAUAAUCUUCGCAUCCGAUCCGGUUACGUAACAGAAACGCUGCGCGGCUUGAAUGGUCUGCGUGUUCUGGACAUUUCUAAAGAAGUCACAGAUUAUGGCACCGACAGUUCACAAGAAUCAUGCGUGGAUCUACCUCUUGCAAUGGUUCAAAUAAUGCGAGAAGAUCCAAAAGCUUGUUGGCCGCAGCUGAUGUCUAUAGAUCUUGCGGGAAAUUCCCUAGCUAAUACGGGGAUUGACCGUGCUGCUGAUAUCGUAUCGUUGUUUUUAGAGAGAAAUCCGCGUCUUGAGAGAGUUUCGGUUCUAGCCACACCUCUUGAUGGACAUUCGUACGUUCCGCCGGUAGAACGUGAUGUAAAAAUUAUCAACUGCGCCACAAGAACACAAGCUGUUAUGGCUUUAAGCGACUAUUGGAAUACUGACAGGGAUGCUUUCACUGCUCAUGCAUUACAUUGCGUUUACUACAUGCUGCAAAGUGGAUAUGACGAUUUUUCUGAUAGCGAAGUAGCUGAAUGCGCUGCUGUUGUAUGUGCAGCGUUACGCAAACAUCUACACAACCUUGGCGUUCAGAUGGCCGGAAGUGCCUGUUUGUAUCAUCUCUGCAAAUUGAAACGGAUUUCGAGACUUUCCAUCUCGGCCGUUCGGAAAUGCGUUGAUCGAUGUCUUGAUGCUGCCGAGACAUAUCCGGAGACAACUCAGUUGCAAAAGAAUGUCUGGCUGACUAUAUGCAACGAUUAUCUUCUCCAACUUUCUGGAAUAAACUUUUAUCGUACUUGCAAAGUGGCUCUCGAAAGCAUGCUAAUCAACAGCGAUGCUGGAGUUUCGAGAAUGACAAUUGCCAUUGUUUCGAUAGUUGCACCAAAGAUGCGGUCACAGGAUGCUCGUGUUUUAGCGAGCGAUGUACGUUAUGUAAAACAUCUUGUACAUCUCAUGGAGCAGAAUUUGAACCACUUUCGCAGUUCUAAUGGUGUGCGAGCGGAGAAUUCGCUUUACACUUUGAAAUUUACUUUGAGUGCUCUUUGGAAUCUUACAGGCGACGUACAACUUUUAGAUGACUGUCCUGCCACUUGCGUAGUUUUUGCACAUGAAAAUGGCAUAGCCAUCUCCUUUGACAUUUUGCGACUUUUCGAGAACCAUAACAAUAUCCAGACAAAAGUUCUGGGCAUUUUG